GUCAGCCAAAUGCUCUCAUGUGCUUGGACGUCAUCCGCGCCCCUCCCUCUCCGUUAUCCCCUCACUCCUCCCUCUGUCUGCUCCUCUCACUCCGCUCUCGUGCCGGCCCGUCCUCCUCCUCCUCUGCCCGGCCAGACACCCAGACAGACCCCGCCGACUCCCGGGGACACACACCAUCAGCUGGGACACGACACAAGACACGAGAAAACACCCUGAAUAUUUGUGAGGGGAGAAAAACUACAGGUCGCAUUGCAGCAUCUCACACACUCUCCAUCUGUAGACACUUUUUUUUUUUUGUUUCCACCCCCUCUCCCUUCAGUCAUUGUUUUUCUUAAGAGGAAAAACAAACUUUGUCCGCCAUGGAAAGAUGUAAAAAUCAGUCCGGAUACUAAACUUGGACACAAACUGCGCCCUUCUGAGCUCCACCAGCGGACACUCAACAGGACCGUUAGGUUUUUUUAGCUAGCUAGCUAGGUGGGACCAGGACGACUUUGAGGAAAAAUACAAAAACAUUUUCUCCUCACACCUCAAGCCGCAUUUCUGUCUUCACUACGGGGGAAAACACCAAAGAUGCUGUCGGAGCUGAGCGAGUGGUUCUGGCAGGAGCGGCUGUGGUUUCCAGAGGGCCUGGGCUGGGCCGACCUGGAGGAUCGGGAUGGACGAGUAUACGCCAAAGCCCAUGACUUGUGGGUGGCGCUGCCCAUCGCCCUCGUUUUCCUCAUUAUCCGUCAGAUCUUUGAAAGGACGGUGGCUACGCCUCUGGCCUCUCUGCUCGGGGUGAAAGAGACAGUGCGGCUCAAGGUCCCUCACAACCCCACACUGGAGUCCUACUACUGUAACAUUACCAAAAACCCCAAACAGACUUCAAUAGCGAGUCUUUGCAAGCAGACUGGCUUUUCAGAAAGACAAGUGCAGCGAUGGUUCAGGAGGCGAAGGAACCAGGACAGGCCGAGUUUGCUCAAAAAGUUUCGAGAGGCCAGUUGGAGAUUUACCUUUUACCUUCUUGCUUUCAUUGCUGGCCUGGCCGCCCUCAUCGAUAAACCUUGGCUGUAUGACCUGAAGGAGAUGUGGCAAGGUUUCCCUGUGCUGACUCUCCUUCCAUCUCAGUAUUGGUACUACAUGAUUGAGCUGGGUUUCUACGGCUCUCUGCUCUUCAGUGUGGCCUCUGACGUCAAACGCAAAGACUUCAAGGAGCAGAUCGUUCACCAUGUGGCGACCAUCCUCCUCAUCAGCUUCUCCUGGUGUGUUAACUACAUCCGAGCUGGAACUCUAAUCAUGCUGGUCCACGACUCCUCCGAUUACCUCCUUGAGUCUGCAAAGAUGUUCAACUAUGCUGGGUGGCGAAACGCCUGUAACUACAUCUUCAUUGUAUUUGCUGCAAUCUUCAUUAUCACUCGACUGGUCAUCUUCCCCUUCUGGAUUAUUUACUGUACGUGGGUUUACCCAGUGACCGUCUAUGAACCCUUCUUUGGCUACUACUUUUUCAAUGGACUUUUGAUGACUCUUCAGUGUCUACAUGUCUUCUGGGCUGUCCUCAUCAUACGCAUAGCAGUCCGCUUCCUCACCAACAAUGAAAAAGUGGACGAUGAAAGGAGCGACAAAGACGAAACAGAUGAUUCAGACGACGAGGAAGAAGAGGAGGGUAAAAAGGACAUGAAGAAAAAUGGACCGGUGCAGAACGGUUACACAGUCCACAACAACAACCACAGCAAGACAGAGUGAAAGCAAACAAGUGUCAGGACGAAAGAAUGCGAGAAGGACUCAUAUCCCUCGGCAGGGGAGCAGCAGGGAGGGAUGAAAAGAGAGAGAAAGAAGAAGGGAUUGUGGGUCAGGGAGGGGGCAAGUCAUUCCCUUGAAACUAAGAACAGCAGGUAUCCUGAGGAAAUUUGACACUGUUACUUUUGCACAACACAAAAAAAAACACACACUCACACACGUUCAUCUGUACUUUUAGAGGGCACAGAGAUCCAGCAGAUGAGAAACACUACGUUAAGUGGCACGGCGUUUUUGCUUUGUCAUUAGAGAAAAAUCUAUCAUUGUCUGUGUGAUGUCAGUCCCAAAAUUUCAAAGAGACAGGGGAGAAAAUGGACGGAGGAGGGCGGUGAUGCUGCUUCUACUUUAGCUUUCCUUGUUCUGUGUGCCUUGGAGCCAGCUGAUGGCUGUUAAAAUGCCAUUUUUAAAAAAGCUUUCUGCUUUUAUCUUGUGUUGCUUUAUGUCGUUGCACCUUUUUUGUUUUCUAUUAAAUGAACAAAAGCGAGUGAAAGUGAGUUUUACAAAAGUGAGACAACGGGGCAUUUAUUUCUCUGAUUUUCUGUCUAUGCAAUUACGUAAGUGUUCAGCUAUUGCAACGUCUUUGCACAAACAUACAGUGUCUCUUAAAUACUGUAAUAACCUGCAGUGGGGCCAUGUGCCUCUGCUCUCCAAUGCGCCCUGUGCCAUUUUUAAAUUAGAGUCUGUUUACACCUGGUAUUGUCAUGCGUCUUGGGUGAUCCAAUCACAAGUGGACAGCUCUGUCUGUCUGUUUACACCUGGAAUUAUGAAUGCGUCUGCACAUGUGUCUUGUGUAACCACUUCCUACUUCCCUGAUCUACAUAUAAACAAACAUGUGAAUCAUUUCUGUUUGCAAAGACCAAAUACUUUGUUGUUUUUAACUGGCAGGAGGUUCAUCACGCUAUACCCAGCCUUAAAGCCUUUACCAUUUAAAAUGAGUAAAAUCUUAUGUCAUCAUAGGGCUGCUGCAGCGUAUUGAUUCACUCAUCCCCUCCUUUCCCUCUGGACAAAAAACCCACUAAUACCCACCAACAUCUGGCUUUUGUCUUUAAUCAGAAAGAUUACAUUUGCCAUUCGCUCCCAUGACAAAUGACUCUGCAGCAGUCACGGAUAUUUAUCGGCUCCAGCUCUGAUCGUCUCCAAUCAGCAGUGAUGGAAGUAAGACACCCGGGUGGACACGCUAAUUUUGGCCCCUUUGUUGGCGCAAUGCAAUUACAGGCUGCCACAAAAUGCUGUACGUCUCGGUACAAGCACUGCUCAAACAUCAUUCAAAAUUUAGUCAGACUAAAUAAGUAAUAGAUACAAAAAAGAAGGAACCACUAACAUUUUCACUGGCAUGUCUUCGUCUCGUCCGUGACAUGGAAUGAAAAAUAGUAAAAAGGCAUACUGGUCUACUGCAGGGACGUGUUCACGGUCUACUGGCGGUGGGAAGGCACUCUGUCGCCGAUUUUUAAUGGGUUUUCCCACAUUUAAAAAACCACAUACACUCACUAAUUUUGUGGAAAAAUGGUUUUCUUUCUCUCUCAGUUCAAUUCAGUCGGCUUUAUUGACAAGAGACUGCUGCUGCAGGUUAGGAAGCAGUUGGUAAGAGUCCACAGUGACAGGGCUAACUGUUAGCAUCACAGGGCUAACAUUAAAUCAUGGUUAUUAAAGGGGUUUAAUGACAGUCGAGAUGUUUCAUCGUCAGUGGGAGUUUAUUGGGAACAUUUAUCAGGUGAUGCUGCUGCUGUGUUAGCUCGUGCUAACAGAUGUUGAACUGUCCGUUCGCUGGGAGGAGAGGGCCUCCAAAGACGUUCCCUCAGCUCUGCAUGUGUGCAACUGUGCCAAAAACAGUUUUCUAAUCCGCAGGGUGUCAGAUAAGCAAGUACGGGGGUGCCCGUCUCUCUCCAGCUUUCACGCUUAGACUGUCCUAUCUCAUAAAGGUGAAAAGCCCCCCCACAUCAGCUGAGUACGUGGUCCUUAAAUGUAACCAAGGACCGUUAGCGUACACACUGCUGAAACAAUGUGGCCACAUGCAGACCAAUCCACCUCCCAGUGUGGCCUGAACGAUCAGAUCUCAAGACGCAUAGAGGACACAUUUGGUGCACUCACACCUGCGCUUAGAGCUGUCCACUUGUAAUCCAGUCACCCAGCAUGCAUGUUAAUACCAGGUGUAAACAGAGCCUUAGUCUGCCUUGUGAGGUUUAAAUGAGUAAAUUUGGUGUCAAUUUAAUAGACGAAUAUGUUUUAAUUUCUGUUCAGCUCUCAAUCCAGCAUAGCUCAUUAUAUACAACUCCUUCCUAAAGAGAUGUCUGACCAGUAACGGUGAUCCUUUUCAGUUCUGUGCUGUUUGAUUAGUCAGAAAUACCCAGAAACGAGUGCUGAGCACAAACACUGCAAUAUAACUCACAGCUUCCUGCUAGCUGUGAUGAAGCUGAAUGUUUCUCCUCUCUGGUUUGGCUGAAGCUGUUUGAUCCAGUCGAGCCUUGAAUCACACCGAUGCUGCCACCCACUGAACACUCACAACUCAAAUCAUUGUGAAGGUGGGCUGCUUUGUUGGAGUUGUACUAAAUCGAAUGGAAUAGGUCAGAUUAACCAUUUCCAGAUUUUACAAACACAGGCCAGAGUUCUUCAAUUCACUGCCUUGUAGCCUGGGUUAUGUUUGUUAACUUGGGUUAGUUUUAAGUGUUGAUCUAAGUGAAUGAUUUUAGGUAUGAUUGUGUGUAUGAAACAAGUUUUUACAGGUGUUAUUUGAUUUGUUCGGGAGGUAAAAGAUGUUGGAAUCAGCGUUUGGCGGUUCAGUGACUUAUGAGGAAUUUGAGAAAUGAGUGUUGCAGUUUUGUCGUCAUGCUUUAAAGCUGUUUGUAUGUCAAGUGCCUUAUCUGUAAUGUAUGGGAAGCUCUCUCUCUCCUGUCUUCAUGUGCGCUCCUUUUCUUUCCUGUCUCCACCUCACGUCACAGAUCCAACUCCAAGACUAGUACGUCCUCCCUCCACCGUCUCAUCCAUCACCCGCUCCUCCUUUUCUUUAUAAUUAUCUUCCUUUCAAACUCACCCUCAUACCACCAUCAUGUUCUUUUUUACUAACCCAGACCAACCAGCAACCUCUCUUCCCCGGUGAUACGGAAGAAACAGCUGUGUCCUAAUUACAGUGCUAUUUUUUUUUCUUAUUUUGUAUUUUUUGUUUGUUUGUUUAAUGAUGCCUAAGUAUUGUUAUUAAUAAUAAAAGCAAAGAUCAUGAAUCACAAUGAAAGCA